AUGGACGCGCCAUCUCCGCCGGAAGCUCAAACGUCGAGUCCUCCUAAGAGAAAGGUCCCCGACAUGGAAGCGGGGACGCAGGCUGACACGAUGAUGUUAGAGGAGGACCAACCAGUGAGGCACAAGGAGCCACGAUGGGAGCCGGCGACUCAUCCUCGCGACGACCAAGCUGCGAGCCCGAAUCGGAGGUACUUUCGUGACGAAAUUGAUUUUCCUGGUCACGAGCGCGGAGACUGGAACACUCACCAGCAGCCGCCCGACGCGGUUCGGUUACUUUCCACAGUGGCGCAGGCGCAAGACGCGGCGCAGGACGCGGCGCAAGGGGCGCCAUACACGCAAGAGGCGCCAAACGCGCGAUGGGUCGCGCACGAACCUCAAGGAGCGCCGCUAGACAGAAGCAGCAGCGCCGGAAGCGCUGGCGUCAUGCUCUUCGGAUGCAACAUUUCCAUUUCCCCGCCCGCAAGCCGCGAUUUCCAAAAUCCGUGCGGAACUGCGGAACCGGCGGAACCCCUCGACAGAGUGGAACAACGGCGCGCUGGCAGAGCAGCAUCAUAUUCCACCCGCGAGACAGCAAUUUCGUCAAACCCUGCUUGGGGGCGCAGCGCUUCCGCAAGAAUAUCGACGCCUGCUGGCGGCAUGGCAAUCGACGACCUCGUUUAUGACGACGCCGCGAAUGCCCCUCAGAUCCCCACCUCGAACUCCUUCCCCACAGCUCGGAUUCGCUCGCAACCUAGUGCGGCUUACUACACACUAGCGGCGACAGAAUCAGCAGCGGCGCAACCGGAUGCUACACUCGCUUCUGCCAGCGCAUCGGCGACCAUUGGGAUUGCCGACGGAAGGUCUCCGCACCCCUGGGGCGUAGCCGCACCGAAUCGCACUUCCGCGGAGAUAAACCCUGCUGAUCUGGCCUUUGCGCGACGGCUGCUCGAGACGAACAUACGGGACGACGCGACGUUGCGAAGCGCGACAGACCCGUCAAGAUCUAGUCACACACGCGAGACGUUUCAAGAAGCCGCGUCGCGCUCAGCAACGGAUUUCCGCGAAGGCCUCACGGGACGCAGCUGGAGCGGCGGCGCGCUCGACGACGCCGUCCAUCGCGGCGCAGCGGAGAAAUCUCCGCCCGCCGAACGGCUGCGCUUGGUCGUGCAAGCGCUCCAGGACGAGCCGCCGCCGUUAAACCCAGAGUCUACUAAUAGCGGAGCAGUCGAUGCAGCAGCAGGAAGCAGCGGCUUUGCGUUCGGCGGUUGGCCCUACACCCCUGCCGCGCUACAAGCCCUGCUUGCUACGCACGCCGCCAACGCCGCGGCACCGCGUGCGGCGGCUACCGCGCCGCCGCCGGGGACCGGCGCGUCUGCGGAGGUAGCACUAUCACGCCACCCACACGGUGCAAGCAGCGUCGCCGCGCAGGGUGGACUAACCCUAAACCCCCCGAGAGCCCGGCUCGACCCGCCGGCGGACGUUCUCCUUGUGGGGGAAAACGCUCGCAGGGUCGCUGCGCCAACGACUGCGGGGGAAGCGGCGCCGAUGGGGUCCAGCCCCACGCGGCGGAAUGCAGGGAACGACCGCGGAGCUGCUAAUACUAUGGGGGACGGAUCGACAAGUGCGACGGGUGGGGCGCUCAUAGCGGAGACGGGCGACGGGGCGAGGAAAACCGUAUCGCCGCGGCGACGGUUUCGCUGCACGGUGUGCGACCGUCGAUUCUCGUCGGGGCAGGCGCUAGGGGGACAUUCGCGCAUGCACGCCAUGCAGCAGCGCGCGCAGGAGGAGAUGGAUCGGUGA